AUGAAGGCAGCACAUACCUCCUUGGCGGCGGCGGCUACGCUGUUCUCCUCUCUCGCUUCGGCUGUUGAGUACCUCAGCAUUUCCGGCGCAAACUUUGUCUCCAACUCGACUGGAGACCGAUUUGACGUUAUCGGCGUAACAUACCAGCCUGGUGGAUCCGCAGGUUUCACCGGCAAGGCCGACCCUCUCAGCGAUGCCGAUGCCUGUCUCCGAGAUGCCAUUCUCAUGCAGCAGCUGGGUGUGAACACCAUCCGGGUGUACAACCUGUCGCCCGACCUGAACCACGACGCAUGCGUCUCCAUCUUCAACGCUGCCGGCAUGUACAUGAUCAUCGACGUCAACAGCGGCCAGUCCGGCGAGUACAUUGACCGCUCCGACCCCUCGUCCACAUACACCAAGGACUACAUGAACCACAUCUUUGCCGUCGUCGAGGCCUUCUGGGACUACCCCAACCUGCUGGGCUUCUUCGCCGGCAACGAGAUCCUGAACGAGGACAGCGACAAGAGCGCACCGGCUUACAUCCGUGCCGUGGUCCGUGACCUCAAGGAGUACAUUUCCCUGCAUGCUCCUCGGGACGUCCCCGUCGGCUACUCCGCUGCAGAUGUCGCUACUAUGCUCAAGGAUACCUGGGGCUACCUGGGCUGCUCGCUUGAGAACUCGACCUUCUCUAGAAUGGACUUCUUCGGCUUGAACGACUACGAAUGGUGCGGAGACUCGUCUUUCGAGAAGUCAGGUUACAGCUCGCUCACGGAGGAAUUCGCCGACACGAACAUCCCUGUCUUCUUCUCCGAGUACGGUUGCAACAACGUCAAGCCCCGUACUUUCACCAACGUCCCUGUUCUGUACGGCGACCAGAUGUCCGUGCUUUCUGGCGGCCUGGUCUACGAGUACACUCAGGAGUCUGAUGAGUACGGACUUGUCGCCAUCAACAGCUCCAAGGAGGUCACACUUAUGCAGGAUUACCAAUUCCUGAAGGAGCAGUACCUCAAGAUCGACAUGUCCGCUCUGACCUCGGUCAACGAGACCGCCGAGAAGCAGGAGACCACAGCUUGUGCCGCCUCUCUCAUCACCGAGUCUACUUUCCUGUCCAACUGGGACCUGCCCGAGCGUCCCAACGGUGGUGACGACCUCGUGACUUCUGGAAUCACCUCCGCUCCCAGCGGAGCCAUCACCAGCGUGACCGCCACCGACAUGCCCGCUACCGUCCACAACUACACCGGCGCCGAGGUCACCGGCCUGGCCCUAGUGCAGCUCGGAUGCGCCGACAGCAACGCGCCCGGCCUCGCCGCCACCUACAGCGGAGGCGCCGAGACCUGCUCCUACGCCACCUCCACAGGCACAUCCGCCAAGAGCAGCAGCAGCAGCUCCAGCAGCGGAAACAGCGUCAGCCCCCUGAUUGGUGUUGACUUCCAGGCUCUGGCGCUCGUUGGCUCCGUCCUGGCUGCCUUCCUUGGUGGAGUCAUGGUCCUGUAA